GUAUGGCCAAGUGGAUUGCGCACAUCGACGUCGAUGAAUAUCUUGACUUCAUGGAUUCGAAUGUCAACAUGCGGACGGUGGCGGAUCCGCUCCCUAAGUCGGAUAGCAGCGACGUUGCGCUUUUGGUGAGGAACCAGUUUUGGGGACUUCUGCCAGACUCGCACCGUUCGGACGCACCCUACCCAUGCCACGUCAACGGAAAGUCACAGUAUAUUCAUGAAGUGGGCAGGAGGAGCAAAGUUAUAAUGCGACCAGAGCACAUCAAUGCGUUGUUUCCUCAUUUUGUCGUCAGGCAAGAGGGCUAUACAGAGGUACACCCAGAUCCAACAUCAGAGCUGCGCUUGAAUCAUUUCAAGUUGUGCACCGCGUCAGGCGAUGGGUGUUUUGGUACCGAACAAUCAGAAUGGAGCAUGGUCAAAAAGUUGUCGGUUGACGACAGCGAUUGGCAGAGGCGGUGUUCAGACAUGCUCUCUGCGAAGCAGUAGGGCGUUUCUGUCUGGGCGCUCGAAGGGAGCUCUGCGAUGUAGCCUCUGCAGAGACCUUGGCCCUCCUCAUUUUUGUACCUCUUGCUUCUCCUCGCUGUCCCUCCCUUUCUGUUUCCAUUACGGUCGUGCUGGCUUAGCUGAUGCACUCUGUAGGCAGGGGUGUCCGCCACUUGUCGCGAUUGCACCAGGGAGACGACCUCGAGUUCGCGGAUGA